UUCAAGGAACCUAUUUAUGGAUUGUUUUGCGGUGGAUCUUCAGGUGGACCGUCUCCCAGGCUUCUCAUGAGAGGGGAGUGAGUUCUCGGAGCCCUCUCUGGCCCUACGUCUUCUCAGGUGGGAGAUGUCUGAGGAAAAUCUGGGGGAAGAGUCGGGAAGCUCCCCCGUCUCUCCUGCGGACAGCCUGAGCAACAGCGAGGGGGAGCCGGACAGGCAGCCGAAGAGAGGCGGCGGGAGGAAGAGGAGGACGAGCAGGAAGAGCGGGGACGACUCGGACAGCCCGACGCCGGGGAAAAGGGGGAAGAAGUCCGGGAGCAGCAGCCCCCAGUCCUUCGAGGAGCUCCAGUCGCAGCGGGUGAUGGCCAACGUCCGGGAGCGACAGAGGACGCAGUCCCUGAACGAGGCGUUCGCGGCCCUGCGGAAGAUUAUCCCCACGCUGCCCUCGGACAAGCUGAGCAAAAUACAGACCCUAAAACUCGCUGCCAGGUACAUCGACUUCCUCUGCCAGGUGUUGCAGAGCGACGAGCUGGACUCCAAGAUGUCAAGCUGUAGCUAUGUGGCUCACGAGAGGCUGAGCUAUGCCUUCUCCGUGUGGAGGAUGGAGGGAGCCUGGUCCAUGUCGACAUCUCACUAACACCUGGAGACUUUUAAAUUUUUUUACUGCUAUUAUUUUUAUUUUUUUAUUUUUUAUUUUUUGCCCAAAAUGGUGACUGCUGAAUCUACUUAUCAAAUUCUGAAGGGACAUUCUGGAGGAGUCCAAUGCUGGAAACAUGGGAUCAACCAAACCAAAGACGACUCUGUGGCUCUGCAUGCAU